UCGAUUGAUAUCUUUCUACAUAUCGCUCAUAGUUUAUGUAUGUUCAAACGAGUUUCUUUCCUCCGGUUCCUCGUGGAUCUUUCUUUCACCGUUUGUCCUGUUGGAAGCCGUGAGUAGAAUCGCUGAUUGCAAAAAUGGUGGCUCAGAAGAAACAGAAAAAGGCUCAGGAGAGCAUCAACACCAGAUUAGCUCUUGUCAUGAAAUCUGGUAAAUACGUCCUUGGUUAUAAGCAGACUUUGAAGUCUCUCCGCCAAGGCAAAGCCAAAUUGGUCAUCAUUGCUAGUAAUACGCCGCCGCUAAGGAAAUCUGAGAUCGAAUACUAUGCGAUGUUGGCGAAGACCGGCGUACAUCAUUACACGGGGAAUAAUAUCGAAUUAGGUACAGCUUGCGGUAAAUAUUUCCGUGUCUGUACUCUUUCGAUCACAGAUCCCGGCAAUUCCGACAUUAUAAAGUCCAUGCCGACUGGUGAUCAAGCGUAAUGCACGUGUUUAAUUUAAUAAAUAAUAUGAAAAAGCCCUGAAAAA